AUGGAGAGAUCAGGAGUUACUCUCGCUGUGCUUAUACAUGUUGUAAUGUUCAGAGAGAGAAGAAUCUAUGGAGCAGAGAUCGAGGUGAAGGUCAGACCAGGAGACAACAUCACUCUCAUCUGUGACCGUCCUUUAACUCGUGGUUCCAUCAUUAUAUGGAUAAGAAACUGCUCUCAUGAACAUCAAUCCUCUCUCAUAAUAGAUCAUCAGAAAACUUACCACGAAACAUUUAGACGUUUCAGUUUUCAUAAAAGCACCAACAUUAAUUCAUUUGAUCUACAUAUUACUAACAUUACAGUCUCUGAUCUGGGACUGUACUACUGUGCUGAAUACGAGAAAAAGAUAGAUAAAGAUGAAAAUGGAAUUACAUACUCUGAUGUGUACUAUUAUGGAUACCAAACAACACGUCUCUCUCUCGCUGGAACUACCAGUUCUGAACCCUCCAGCACUGUCUCUCCUCCUCCUGUAUCAGACCGUUCUCUCUGCUGGACGCUGCUCUUCAGUGUGUGUCCUGUGUGUGUUCUCCUCUCCUCCAUCUGUGUGUACAGCCUCUGUCAGAAGAAAACUACAGGUUCUGAGACCAAGGCAGAUAUGCCCACAGUGGAUCAAACAAAGAAACAUCUGUCUGAAAUGAGUAAGAUUGAAAAGUUCAACCUUUAUUCUGAAGUCACCUAUAGACUGCUACCAUCUGCUCAUCCCUAA